CAAUGGAGAGACAAGGAGGGAGAGUAACUGGGUUGGUGGAAAAUGUGUGUGGGAGAGAGAAAUCCAAUAUAAUCAGACUUCUUCUCCAGCUUUUUGUGUCUUCUUUAUUCUCCUGGGAUUUACGGCUGAUGCCCUGGUAACAAAAUGGCCCUAAACAACAGUUUCAACAACGUCAGCAGCAGCAGCGUGGCUAGCAAACACCCCACCAACGUGGGCGCCAUCAUCCUGAGCCUCGUCUUCCUCUUGGGCUUCCCCGGAAAUGUCUUUGUCAUCUGGAGCAUCCUGGCUCGCGCUCGAAAGCAGUCUAUCACCACUCUCCUCAUCCUCAACCUGGCCAUCGCAGACGGCUCGCUGAUGGCCCUCACCCCGUUCUUCAUCAUCUACCUGGCUAUGAAGAAAUGGGUGUUUCAGACAGCGAUGUGCAAGAUCCUCUUCUACCUGUGUCUGGCCAACAUGUACGCCUCCAUCUAUACCAUCAUGCUGAUGAGCCUCUACAGGCUGGUGGCUAUCCUGUGGCCGCUGCGCAUUAGCCCCGUCACCGGCCUAAAGACGACACUGCGGGUGCUUGCUGUGAUGUGGUUGCUGGUGAUCGUCGCCUCGAUUCCUGCGAUUAUCUUCAGAGAUUUGCAUGGAGAUCCCAUAGUGUGCGACUCAUUCCAUAAAUACGACAGCGAUAUGGUCAUGCAGUACAUGCUGGAGCUCGUGUUGGGCUGCUUUAUUCCAUAUGGCGUCAUUUUAGUCAGCUACAUCUGCAUCUUACGUCGAAUCCGACAGUCCAAGUUCCGCCGUCGGAUUCGCAGUGAGAAGCUCAUCCUCGCCAUCGUGUUGACUUUCUGCCUCCUGUGGUUGCCAUACCACAUCAUCAACGUGGUGCAAAUUGCAUCGGCUUUGUGUAAAGAAAAAUCAAAAAUAAGAGAAAUGCUGGAGAAAAUCUGGAGAAACAGCCGUCCAGUCACCUCCGCCAUAGCCUUCAUCAGCAGCUCUGUCAACCCGGUGCUCUACUUCUUCGCAGGAAAGUCUUACAUUCGUCGGGAGGGGUUGGAGUUCAUGGCCCGCUUGUUCGAGGGCACGGGGUCAGACUCGACGAGCAGGAAGAGCCGACAGAACAGCCAGAACAGUCGCGACAAGGAAAAAGACGCGGAUGCUGUCAUGCUCAAGGACAAAGGCCGAGACUCGUUAACCAACUCGAGCUCUAAUGCCAAACCCGUGAAGAAUGGCAAGUAGCGGACACAGGAGGCAAAAGAUUUGAUGAUAAAGUAAUUGAACCCCUCAGGCCUUUAAAUCUCUCCUCCGUCCGCUCACAAGCAAAUUUUAUGUUCAACAAUAAUAAGGGUUCAUCUUGCGCAGCUGGUUCCUGACGAUCACAAGAAGAUGCUUCAUAACAAUGAUCCACUUCCAGAUGAUUCUGUCACAAACUUUGACAGGAAUGCGGCCUGGCAUCCUGCCCCCGGACCAGCUUGCUGCCGGAGGCAUCCGACUGUCUGAGGUGUCGUUAACAGACAUAUGUAAUGAGAUACGAGCCUUGCGCUGCUCUUACUGUAUUUCACAGACUGUUUCACCACCACCCUUCCCAAAGCAUCCAUCCAAAGACAAGUGGCUCCCUAUGGGGGUGCUGCGUGUUUACUGUGCAUGUUUACUGUCCUUAUGAAACUUUUUUAAUGAAUAUUUUUCCAAAUAUUCGUCUGCGUACUUUUCUUCUUGCAGUGUUUCACUUGUACUAACGUCUAAAAGAACUGUGGAACAGUGAAUACUGAGAGUUUUAGCCGUGUGACGUUGAGAGUUCAGGUUUGAGGCAGGCACUUGAUUUUGUCUCUACAAUAUUCAAAUUCAUGUGCAUGUGUUGAGAGAUUCUACCACAUUUCUUAUGUCUGUACGACUUUUGAUUUAGUGGAUAAUGCUGUAAACACGGCAUUAACAUUUCAUGACGUAAAAUGAUGCCAGCUGACGGUUGCAUUAUUAGUAUUGAUUUCUCUUUUGUUUCUGAUCAGGAGUCCUGCACAUAUUCACUCUGCUUUUAGCUUUGUUUUGGUCUCAACCAGCUCUCUAGCUGCUGAAUGACUUGAUGUAAAAAUGGACGACAUGACUGCUCCAAAAACUGAAGCCAUCUCGAUUGCUCCCCGGUGCCUAGCUGCAUUAUUAGUCGUAAGUCCAGCCUCCACCAUGUUAGUGGAUGGGACAAGGACCAAACUAAAAAGAUCCAAGUACAAGUUCAAUAUUUGUUCUUCUUAAAAGAUCAUUUUCGGUAGCUCAUGUCACAUUUACGUUCAAGUGCUCAUUUUCAUUAUUAGUCAGACAUGUAUUGGUGGGACUUCGGCACUGUGGCACCAAAUUACAUCAUCGGUAAUUUCUCAUCAUGUCUGGACCGAUGGGGGAAGUGGAGACACGCAUGAAUUUGGUUUUCUGCUGAAAACAGCUUCCUCAUGUGGCCAGAAACUAUUUUGUUGAGAGCGAUGUGAGUGAAGCAAUUACUGGGUUGUAAAAUGUAAACAACGUUCGAUUGCACUAUUUGAAACUGCAGACUUUGUUCAUUGUGAAAAUAUAGUCCAGCUUUAACGCCCUGUUGUGUUAAUGCUCCCCUCUGAGCAUGCAAUGGAACAAUGAAAUAGAGGAAAGACACAGAAUUGAAUAAAAAGCUUUUACUGAAA